AGAAGAAGAAGAAGAAGAAGAAGCAGAAGCAGAAGGAGAAGACGAAGAAGAAGAACAACAACAACGACAAGAACUCCCUGCUUAAAGCACCGGAGAUCUAAUCACUUCAACAUGCUGAUAAACUCAGAACAGGAGGCACUGAUUGGACGGGUGUUUGAAACCUAUCUGACAGAACAUCAUCAUGGUGACAUUCUUCAGCUUAUUACAGAUGCUAAUGAAGAGACCCAUCACCCUGUUGUUGUCAAUGCAAUGACAUUGUUUGAAACCAAUAUGGAGGUUGGGGACUAUUUCAACGCCUAUCCAAACGAUGUCCUGGCUAUAUUUGAUAAAGUGUUACAAAGAACAGCGAUGGACUUGUCACAGAAUGCUUCUACCAAGCACUACGAAGGACAAAGAACAAAGGAGCACCGAAUGAGAAACACACUUCAUGCUCGCAUUACAGGUUUACCAGUUUGUCCAGAACUGACCAGAGAGACCAUUCCCAGGUCAAGAGACGUAGGGCAUUUUUUGUCUGUCACUGGUACUAUCAUACGUACCAGUGUUGCAAAGGUUCUGGAAUUCGAGCGUGAUUACAUGUGCAACAAGUGUCGACAUGUUUUCUCGAUGCAGGCAGAUUUUGACCAGUUCUAUGCCUCAGUCCCACCUGUGAACUGCCCUAAUCCUGAUGGCUGUAAUUCAUACAAAUUCAGCUGUCUGUCAGGAGGAUCUGAGCUUUCAGCCUGCAAGGACUACCAGGAGAUCAAGAUACAAGAACAAGUACAGAGGCUGUCAGUGGGCAGUAUUCCUCGUUCUAUGGUGGUAGUUCUUGAGGAUGACCUGGUCGACAGUUGUAAAUCUGGAGAUGACGUGACCGUCUAUGGGGUAAUGUGCCAACGCUGGAAGCCCUUAUAUGAGGGCACUCGUAGUGAUGUGGAGAUGGUCCUCAAAGCUAACAAUAUAGAAGUAAACAACAAGCAGACUGCUUCUGCACUGCUCAUGAAGGAUGUUUUGCAAGAAUUUGCUGUUUUCUGGGAUAAUUACGAACAUGAUCCCAUAGCUGGUAGAAACCAGAUCUUGUUGAGCCUGUGCCCACAGGUAUUUGGCAUGUAUGUGAUUAAACUUGCAGUGGCCAUGGUGUUGGCUGGCGGAGUGCAAAGGAUAGAUUCUUCUGGGACCAAGAUCAGGGGUGAGUGUCAUAUGCUGCUGGUUGGUGACCCAGGAACAGGGAAGUCUCAAUUCUUGAAGUAUGCUUCUAAGAUCAUGCCUCGUUCUGUGCUCACAGCUGGCAUUGGCUCAACAAGUGCAGGACUGACUGUUGCAGCGGUGAAAGAUGGAGGUGAUUGGCACCUGGAGGCAGGAGCUCUGGUCCUGUCCGAUGGUGGUUUGUGCUGCAUUGAUGAAUUCAACAGCAUCAAGGAACAUGACCGCAUCAGCAUUCAUGAAGCUAUGGAGCAACAGUCUAUAAGUGUGGCCAAAGCUGGUAUGGUUUGUAAGCUGAACACUCGCUGCACCAUCCUGGCAGCUACCAACCCUAAAGGCCAGUACAAUCCCGAUGAGCCACUGUCUGUGAAUGUAGUUCUGGCCAGUCCUCUGCUGAGUCGUUUUGACCUGGUCCUUGUUCUGCUGGACACCAGAAAUGCAGAGUGGGACCAAACCAUCUCCUCUUUUAUUCUGGAGGACAGAGGACUGGCUGCUGAGUCUUCCAGCCUGUGGCCCAUGGACAAAAUGAAGGCUUACUUCUGUGCGAUUAAACGCCUGCAGCCGCAGAUGUCCGACGAGGCCAACAGCAUCCUAACACGUUAUUACCAGCUGCAGAGACAAAGUGAUGGCCGCAAUGCUGCUCGCACCACCAUCCGCAUGCUGGAGAGUCUAAGCCGACUGGCUGAAGCACAUGCCAGGCUUAUGUACAGAGAAACAGUGACCAUAGAGGAUGCUGUCAUGGCUGUCUCUGUCAUGGAGUGCUCAAUGCAGGGCGGUGCUCUGCUAGGUAAUGUUAAUGCACUACUGACCUCAUUCCCUGAGGACCCUGGUCAGCAGUAUGAAGCUCAGUCUCAGUUACUACUGGAAGGGCUGAACCUGCCUCUGCUCCUUCAGAAGGAGAUGGAUAGACUGGCCAGGCUUAAAAGCUACACCUCAGAUGCCUCCCAGUUUGAUUCACAUACUGCUCAUUACCAGUGUCACCCCAGGGACACAAACACCCACAACCAAACACAAGUCCAUGGCAUGACCAAUGUCUACAAGGGGGAUGCCACGGUGGAGAGUGGCUUGGACUGGUUCCACUCCAUCACUUCAUCAGGGUCACCAGAUGAUCUGACCCCAACAUUAACAUCAACUCAAGAAAACCUGAACAGAAAACCAAACUCAAUGGGGGCAGAAACAACUACUGCAAUUAAACAACCAACCUGUCAAACUGAGGAGGACUAUCAAAAAAGCAUAGGCUCAACAUUGACCCAUGAAGGAACUGUUACCACUGCAUCCAAAGAAGAAAACGAAAAAACUGAGAAAAACGAAUACGUCAAAGAAAAAAGCUCUGUUUACCAAAAGGUACAUCAGCCUGAAAGACAGACAGAUGAACAACAUUCAAAGUCAUUGGGGUGCGUGUUUCAGAUGGUCCCCAAGAAUCUGAGAGACAGAAGACUCGGAGAGCAGGAGUCAAAUAAUCUGCAGUGUAACAAAGUGGAACGACGGGGACAUGGAGAAAGUGUGGUGUAUUCAGAGGGUAAAGGUACAAAGUUUCAAAGUCUUGUGCAAGGUAGGUGCAGUAGAAAAAGUGAGGUGGCUGAGUGUUGGUCUGAAGAUAGUACUUGUUUCACAUCAGGUGAGCUGGAUAGGAAUGUUUUUUCUUUGGGAAAGGAAACAUCGGCCCAAGGCAAAAGUGUCGGUAGAAUUAAAAAGAGUAAUGAAUCAGAAAAUCUGUGUCAGCAACAAAGAACCAGAGACAUCAAUAGUGAUAUGACUAUAGAAGAUGACUUUACUUGCAGACCACAUUUAAAAACAAGCACUCAAAUCAAUGAUUCCACACCAUUCCAUCCAGGCCACACAAAGUCCACUAUACCCGCUUCAACUCUUGCUAAACUCUCAAGAUUCUCUUUCACCUGCACAACUAAACCCAAGACUACUGCUCCAAUGCAAGUGGAAAUAAAUCCUCUAACUGAAGAAGAAAAAUGUUUGUUUAAAAGAAAGCAAGUGACAGAGUCACCAACUAGAACACAUUUUAAAGUAAAGCAGAGAGAGACUGUACAUGCUGCAAAGAGAGUGAUGAAUGAUGAUCUUGAGUAUGAAAGCACAGUCAAUGUGAAGAAGAGAAGGUCUUUUAAGAUGGGCCCUCCACCAAGUAUUGUUCAUGAUUCCAAGGGUCCAUUCUCUGGACUGUCCCUGUUUGACUCGGUUGAAUUUAGCAAUGAUGUUCUUGACACUGACUGGGACCAAGAGUUUUCAAACCGAGGCAAUCUUUGAAAUCAUAGGCCCAUGUCAAAAUGGGUUGGGACAAUAGUAAUUUACUCUGAUUUAGUUACCUCUCUUACCCUGAAAAUAAACUUCUUCAAUUGUUCCAGAAGUUCAGGUGUUCAUCCUGCUGUUAUAUUUAAUCUCUAAGAAUAUUGUGAUGUUCUGACCCAUGAGUGGUCAGUAGUCAUUAACCCGCUUCCUUAUAGACCUGAAAAGUGUAAUGACAAAAUAUGUCCUCAAACAGAUGCACAAAUAGUACUCAACAGGCAGACACAGCAACUUUACAUGAAAUCGGCUCCACCGUGACAGCUGGAGAAAACAUAACUGGGACCAUCAGAUGUAGGAAUUUGUUUUAAAAAUUAUUGUUAAAGCUUAAAAUGGUUAAGAAAGAUGUCAUUAAUUAUUUAUUUUGCAAGUUGAAAAUUUUGGGUUUCUACAGAAGCAUCGUUUCACUGCGGUUGGAUGUCCUGGUCCAGCAGAAUUACUACCCAAGCUGGUAGAUAAUUAUUUAUCCGAACUGGGACCUUUAGAUCCAUCACUGCAUCCAACCAUAUUGCCUAGAAGCCAUUAACACCUUUCCUUGACACUGACGUCCACUAUCAGUUUGAGGAUUAUUUUUCUCUCCUUACACAACAUGGAGAUUUAAAACUGCAAGAAAAACAUCGUGCUACAAGUCUGAGGGCAUGACUGUUACAGAAGUCCAACUUGCUGAAUAGAUGGAGACAAAUCAGGACAAGUGAAAGUCACUCAGACAGACAUUGGAAGAAUUUUGAAAGAGCCUGACUUAACAGAUUAAAGCAAACAACAGUAUCAUAAACAGAAUAAGAUAAAUACCCUUAUGCAUUCAUAUGUGAAUUAUUGUUUUCACAAUGCCACAUUAUUUAUUUUGUUCUUAAACAAUUUUUUAUUUUAAUUAUUGACUGACAGCAAUAAUACUGAUUGUAGAUGCCAGUUUUUUGUUCCAUAUAAUAAAUAAGAAUUUUAGUCACGAAAUGAAAUCACACAGACAGUGUCAGGACACACAAAACCUCCAGGAAAAGCCUGUUGUAUGUUAACAUUUAGGUUAAUAGUAGUGUAGUGCCCUUUCUAAACCUACCUGUUUGGAAUGGGCAGUUAAUUUAAUCUUUGGUAAUGCUUGACAUUUUUCCCUUAAACAGUUAAAUAAUACACGUUUGUUUUUUACUGUUUGUGAGCUUGAUGUUGUGUGCAGAGCUUUUUAUUAACAGUCUAUCAUGAAGUUAAGUUGGAAAACUUUGUUUUCAUCCUGCCUGGUGUAUCUGCAAUAAAGAUUUGAUGUCAAUAUUUUCUAUUAAAUUAAACUGAAUUUUCUUUA